GUGACAUUUAAAGCUGUUGAUCUGCUACGUCACGCCAACACGUUUAUCCCCGCGCGGGUUGAGUUUACAGUCAGGGCACGAGCCGCACACGACCGUUAGAGCGCGGCGGUGGGAUAAUGGCGUCCGUGAGUUUGGUGGGGCAGCAGCCCGGUCCGCACAGGCUGGACUCGGACACGCAAAUCCUGUACCUGAAGCUCUCCAGCAGCAAAAGCAAAGGCGGCUUCCCGAGGAAAUCUUCCUGGGAGAAGAUGGUGUACAUGAACGGCGGCGGCGACACCCAGGAGGAGCCCCGGACUCUGAGCCCGCCGACGGCUGGAGGACGAAGGAUGCCCGGGGAGAGGUGCGGGACUCCGGCUGUCAGAGAUGCGCCACGUAGCCCGGAGCGGAGCAGCGACGGGGUCACCGCCGGGACACGAGUCCACACCGACGUGAAAGCCGCCUCAAACCACAGGAGGGACUCGCUGAAGGAGCCCGGCACCGGCGCCAUGCCGAAGCACAGACGGUCUCACCGGCACCGCGACUCGCCGCAGCAGAGGCGGAACUGUCGGAACGGAGACUGCGAGCAUCCGAGCCGCGGUCUGCCGCUGGAGCGGCUCACGCGGGGCAGGACGGGGGUCGUGAAGCUGGCCCGCACUGAGCCGCACCGUAGGGAGGCCUGGUCCAUCUUCCCGCAGGAGAUGGACCCCCGGGUGAGGACGGAGAGGGGCGAAGGGCACCGGUUCGAGACCAAGCCCGUGAAGCAGGACUGGUGUGACGCCUGCAGCAAUCAGAUCACAGCUCAAGCCCUCAAGUGUCAAAACUGCAGCUACACCUGCCACCUGGAGUGUGAGAGCCAAGUCCAGCUCGACUGCAACCAGAGAGACAGACAACCAGGAGAAACUCAGUCUCCCACAAACCAUUGCACCAGACCUCAGCAUAGGCAGAAUGUGAAAAAGGAGGAAGAUGCAGGAGGGACUCCGGCGCUGUCGGAGGAGGAGGUGCACGCCAAGAUAGAGGAGUAUAACACUCAGGUCUCCAACCAUGGCAUGAACCUGGCUGCAGACGGAUCCUACACGGGUUUCAUUCAGGUGCACCUGCGGCUCAGUCGACCGGUCACGGUCCAAGCUGUGGAGAAGGCGGGCUCUGAGGGAGGCUUCAGCCACAGCCUGGUUCCAUCAGACGAGCAGGAAGAAACGGACUGUGGACCCACAGAAAAGAGAACUUCCUUUUAUUUGCCUCAGAACUAUUUGACGCAUCUCCACAUCAGCUCUCAGAACACAACCGAAGAGGUCAUCAAAGGCCUGCUGAAGAAGUUCGAGGUGAAGGACAAUCCCCGCAAGUUCGCUUUGUACAAGCAGACGCACCGCGACGGACAGGAUCUGUUCCAGAAGCUUCCGCUGACCGAGCGUCCUCUCCCUCUGAGGCUAAUCGCAGGGCCCGACACAGAGCGGCUCAGCUUCGUCUUUAAGGAAAACGAGACUGAAGAAGUGGAGUGGCACGCCUUCUCUGUCCCGGAACUUCAAAACUUCCUGGUCAUCCUUGAGAAAGAAGAGUUGGAGCGCAUCAGAGCCGUGCAGCAGAAAUACACUCUCUACCGGGAGAAAUUACAGCAAGCUCUACAACAACAUGACCCCUGACCCCGCCCCCUCGCCACCUUUUCAGCCCAGAGAGAGACUGGCCCUUUAAACCCCCAAACUUCAUCCUGAACUCCUGCUGAUGGAUCCCACCGAUUCUCCUCCUUUCUCAGGAUCGACACGCGCUCCCUUAAGGCGUUCAAAGGCGCUCCUCAGGGAGCCGUCUCUGGACGUGUAGUGUUUCUAUUGCCAAGGACACAAACAGGGAAGACCUGGACUGCAGCUUCGCUUCACGCUGAUGUGAAGCUGUAGGUUGUGAUGCCCUCCUCUUCGCUAUCGUUGCUGCUACUGCAAGUGUUACUUAUGCAUGAGUCUCCGCUCAUCUGCCCCGCACAUAGUUAAAUCUGAAGGCAUGUUUUCUUUUUUCUUGUUUUUUUCUACGGUUUGCAGGGGUGGAGGGACCGCCACGCUUCAUUUCAGCUGUUGCUGUUUUUUAGUUCUUACAACAAGGACUGGAGGCAAAUAGAGAUCCAUUCUCUGAUUUUUCUCAGGGAGCAUGUCUUUAGCUGAGAGGAGGAAAGAUGGCCCCCACCUUCCUUUAGUGCAUGCUCGUUUAUUCCUUUACCUGAGACGACGACACCCGCUCUCACCUGCAGAUCCUAACGCCACCACAACUGUGACGUUACUCCUCUUUGCUUCGCCUCAAUCGAAUCCGCCUUACAUGAGCUCCACCUGCGAGUGACUCGAGAGGCAGCCAGAACCUUUACUCAACUAACACUGUUACUGUGGGUCACACGUGAAUGUGAGAGGACACCAAAGCUCAGAGGAAGAGGUGUCGGAGGGACCUGGAACAACCAACCAGCUUCUGUUUUGCACAUUUAGAUGCAGGUCUCACCCGCGUGGGGCUGCGCAUGCUUUGAUGCUUCGGUUUAUCCUCCUGCCUUCUUCCCCAUAGAAAAGAAGAUUUAAAGCAUAUUUAAAAUGUGUGAUAGUGGCUCUGAUGUACCAAUGAUGUUUGUUAUGCAUAUGUAGACACUGGAAACAAGAGUGACACGGUUGAACUCUGUUUUUAUGAAUAAUAUUUUUGGUAUCAUUCCUGCUGGCUGGAGUGUGUGUGUGUGUGUGCGUGUGUGCGUGCGUGCACGUGCUCAUGAGGACGGGAGAAUGAAUGUGUGUUUAUCAGCUCUCCCUUAUAUGACCUCAUUUAGUGUCAUUUCACAGGCAGGUGAAGGUUUUGUUUGAGUUUUUGCAUUUCUUUAACUGAUAUAAAUGAGGCCUGUCAUCCACACAUGUCUCUGUUGACCUUUGACCUUUUGCCCUCGCUUCCCCCCACUGGCAGUGCCUUUUGUUUCAUUCCCCCCUCUAGAAGAGGUGUGUCCGCACACAGGUGUGCCUCCUGGCUCAUGUUUGUGUGCUUUUGCAUGUGCGCAAAUCUUUCCUUUUUCUUUUUUUUUUUUUUUUUGGUUGGCGCUUUUUGCAUAUUUUGUUUUUCCUUCAGUUCACUUCUCAUCUGUCCAAAGAGUCCUCUGUGGGAGUGUGCGAGUGUGAGUGUGUGUUUAUUUAUUUCACGGUUCACAACCAUCCAAGGACAUUAUAUCAUGGAAAGACUUUUUCGUUGCCUUUUUUUAUGUUUCUUUUGAGAAAAAAAUGUAUAUACAUAUAAGUAGAAAUGUACAAAAUAUUGAAAUGAAAUUAAAAGAUAAAUCUUUAUUGAAAA